AUGCAAACGCUGCAACUGCCCACGAUCUUCCAGCGCUCGUGGCUGCAUAACGAGUCUUACCCGCAGAAUUUGUUUCACAAAAGUACCCUCACCUACCCUACCGCCCUCCAGGCUUACAAAGAUCGUCUGGAUGCAGCCGAACCUGAUCUCUUCGUUAAUGAUGAGUCCAACGUGGAAUUGUCGUUUAGGGACCUUCACAAUGCCUCUGGCAAAGCAUUGGAGAAGUACAACAUCCAUACUUCAAUGAAACUGACAGAAUGGCUGGGGCUAGACACGGUCGCUGACCCGGCUGAUUCGACAAAGCUGGUUGUUGUGGCCCGGAAACCCGACCCCAGAUGUCGAUUCAUAUAUGUUUAUGGCGAACACUCCAGGGCGCCGCUAAAGACAACCCGCAAGAUGCUGGCUCGAAUUUUGACAUUCCACCAGGUGAUGCCAAUCUACCUAGAUUUCAUCUCAGUCUUUGGUUCACAAAGCGAGCCGCGCGACCGCAGGUUCAGCGGAUUCCGUGAGCAGAGCACUCUCUCUGAUCCUCCCCGUGGUCUUGCGAUCCCCUCUCUAGGCAGAAGUGGGCGCCAAUAUCAGCUUUGUUAUAACUUGAAAAGCGUUGCUUUGGCGUCCAAGGAUACCACGAAUUCACGGUUGAACGAGUGGUCCAUCCGGCCGGCUGUCAUACACCACCAAUUUGACGUUGUGAACGGCACCAGCCUCUGGAUCGUGACAAAAGGGAAUCACGAUCUCCAAGAGCGAUAUAAGGAGUUAACUGGAAAGGAUGGCAGGCCGGAAGACAGAUCUUUUGGGAGCGUUGAGGAGUGUCUUCGGUCCAGCCUUGCUGCACACUUGAUGUUCUGUCACUGGUCGACAGAAGACUGGCGUUGGUACAUCCUUUGGCUCGAGACCGUGAUAGAAGAACAGACAUCCAUGGUUAUUCUGGGCGCGCGAGGACCGGGACACGCCUACCGUCUGUCGAAACCAGAACAUGUCCAGCACCUUCAGCUCUGGGAAGACAAGAUCAACGAGGUCAUUAUGAUCUUGGAAGCAAACGUCGAUAUCAUGUUGGCGAUGUGCCGAUUUUAUGACGGCCUGAGGAAGAACAAGGAUGUCCCCCAGAAGCUAAAGGACGAUUGCGAUCUCGACAUAACCACCUUCACGGCCCAGGUCGAGGACAUGGUGUCUGACUUCAAGAUGCAAAUUGCGCGUGCAAAAUUGCAGGUCAAGAUCACGAGCGACAGGAAGGAAAUGGUCAUCCAGCACCUCCAAAGCCAGGCGACAGAGAGAAUGGAAAGACUCAAUCAGAACAUGGAGAGAGAGGCAAUUGUGAUGCGGAUCAUUACCAUUGUGACUCUGGUGUAUCUACCAGCCACAUUUGUUUCUACCUUCUUCAGCACAGACAUUGUCAAGUAUCAGACUCAGAACGGUGGGCCACCGCAUGACGGGACAUUCUCUAAAGCAGCCAUGUAUCGCUGGCUGCAAGUGACGUUGCCGUUGACCUUUGCCACUCUGAUUGCUGCAAUCGUCUCCUUGAAGCUUACUGAGAGAAAAAGGCGGAAGCAGCAGCAGCCGGCGGGCUACAAGAUCUGGAAAAGGUGGACACAGAACAGGACUCAGGACGUGGAACUUUCGAAGCUGUCUUCGCACACCAGCACCGACUCCAUUGUAUGA